AUGGGCGAGCUCGCAGCGGUGCGCGCAGAGCUCGAGCGGGCACGCGAGGAAUCAAACAGAGUGACGUUGGAGAACGAACGUUUGAUUGACGAACGAGACACAAUGGAACAGCGCAUCCAGUCAGCCGCUGAAGCCAGGUUGACCGAAAUGGAAAUGAAGUUUGAAUCUACAGUUGCGCAAGUUCGAGCCAGAGCAAAGGAUCAAGUCGAAGAAGUUCGUAUCGAACUCGAACAACUAAGGCGUGCGGCAAGUGGAGAUCCAUGCGGCUGGGAAGAAUGUGAGGAUGGCACGUUUGUUAAUUCUGAAACUGGUGAGAAGGGUAUUGCCGAAAUACCGGAGACUCUCGCUUUUGCGCGUGCGGUGCGACGAGUAGACGACCUUGGUAUGCAAGAGGAAACUGCCAAAAAAGCACAGAAGCGUGCACAGAUUGCUGAAACAAAACGACGUGAGCUCGACGUCAGGCUUAACGAAGCUCGUGCAGACGCUAAUGCGCAGCGUGAACUCCUCACCAAUUGGACAUUGCUAGCUGCAGCUCCAGCAUCGAUGCAGCUUGCGGUAUCAUGCUUUCGCAAAGCGAAAGAGUCUCAAAGCAAAGUCUCUGAACUCGAUAAGACGUUGGACAAAGCGCAGAAAGAGCUAGCCAAUUUGCGUGGUUCUUUGGCAAGCGCAGUAGAAGCAGAAGUGAAACCCAUGCGUGCUGAGGUUUCAAAGGCGCGGGACACUCUCUCUCGUGAACGUCUUGCUCGGGUAGUGGAACGGCGGCAACUUGCAGCGCUUUGGCCCCCCGACCACCUCGCACCCGUUGCACUUCGUCGACACAUGAUUAUGGACACAGAUGUACGGAAUCAGCUUCUCUGCUCAGCUUUAACCGCGGCAGCAGAUUCAGAAAUCAAGCGAGAAAUUCGUCGGCGCGUUGCAGCCGCUUCGCGAUGGUCACAAACAACAGAUGAUUAUGGACGCAAGUACUUCGUGCACGCAGAUACUGGUGAAGCUGCCUGGGACCCCCCCCCUACUAUGCUGUCUCCCGCAGCGCUUGCCUCCCUUGGUUACUUUAUGAUGUCAUCAAAUGUCGAAGAGAUGCGGUCGGGGGCUUGGGUUGAGACCAUGGAUGAGUGGGGUCAAGCUUCGUGGAGGAAUACCUUGACGGGAGAAGUGAGUUGGCUGCAACCGAAGGCGCAAAGUGCUGCUGCCAGUGGCUCCUCGGUCCGCGUCGAUGAUCUGCCUGUCCUUGCUGAUCGCGAUCAGAUCGCAGUGACCGGCAAUCUAACUGUCGGAGAAGAAGCACAACCACGUGGUAACAUAGCAUUGCUCCCCGAUGAGGAAAACUUUUCCAGCAGUUGCGAUGAAGACUUACCGACAAGUGGCGAUAGUUUCAGUUUUUUCUCUCAGCGGCAAGAACGCCGCGUGGCUCAACUAGAUCGGCGAAGGAACAAGGCAAUCAUUGCUGCACGGAAAGCCCUAACUUUUCUAGAGGAACAAGUUCACUCUGGUUUCGAAGAUGACACUCCGGUAUUUGUUGACGUACAAGCCCUUCGUGCUCUUGCGGCGGGAGAUAACAAUUGGAAGUAUGUUUCUCGCAAAGAACGCAAAGCGGCCAGAAUCCGUACGGAAGCCCUGAGAAUCGCGAAUGAAAAGGAGACUAGGGCUUUAGAAGAAGCACGCCGUGCCGAAGUGCGGCGAACACUGGCACAGCGCCGACGGGCCUCAGGUCUCCAGAUAUCGUCAAACCAAAACGAAGCAACACCAAUUACGGGAGACUCGACAGACACAUACAUUCAGGAAGUUGUCAAAAACGAACAGCUACAAGACCAAACGAAGGCACAGUCAAAGCCUGGCUUUGUAGCUGAUGCAUUUCGUGCUCUUGAAGGUAAAUCAUCAUCCACCUGUAAUCUACCCCUAGAGCAGCUUCGCAAAGAGCUGGAGAUAGCUGCAUAUUUCAGUGUCCUCCGUUGGAAUCGCAAGAUCCCUAGCCUAAAACCGUCCCAGGCUGCCCACUCGAGUUCCAACUCGAAUCAGGCUUGUUUAGACUCUGAUAAGAAAAUAACAGACGGGAGAGAGCAUGUAGCACAUGAUUUCGUUGCGAAAGAUCAUCUUGUAUCACUACGGUUGUCACUUCUGCAACGUGCGGGUAAUUUCGCAGGAGCGGGAAAUGAACAAAACUUGCAGAGCUCUACAGAGACGUUCAUCGAGGGUGAACGAGCAAGACUAGAUGUUGCAUGUUUCAUCCACGUUCUUGCUGCCGAAGCGGUUUUGUCCGGACUUCGUGGCAUAACAUGGCGAUGUCAACCUGGUCGCAUGCAUACUCUCGCGUCUCCUUUUGAAAAUGGGGAGCUUAAUUGGUCAUCUGUGGCCGUUUUUGUUGAUGCUCGAUCGUCAUCUCGUCCCUUCCAGAGCACGUGUAACAAUAACAACAGCCAAGAUGAUGAACUAAGUCCAAUGCCAAGUAGCUCAUUAGCUACGUGUGCUGAGCAGGCGCAUGGGGUAACCGAUGUGGCGCUUGUUUCGCAUAAGCGCAUGGAGAAUAUUCAAGAAUCAACAAAUGGCAAGGGAAUAUCGUGUGGUAAACAGUGUCAAAAUAUCGAGUACAGGGUGAUUCUUGUGACACCACAGAUCGCACGCAUUCUCGAUCUUGGAAGCAAGAAUCACUUACCUCAACAGCUUGUAUAUCUAGCUGACAUCCCUGGCGAGACCACAAAUAGGUCCACAUUGAAUGAUGGAUUUAGCUUUUUUGAAGCUAUGUCAACUCGCCCAAAAAUGAAGGUAACGCAAAUAAAGCCUGAUUUUCAAGUUCAGGAUCGCUGUAAUGCAGUUGAGGUAAUCACAGAGGUAGUGCUAGCUCACAAUGAAGUUCUUAGUGCUCUACUUACUCAGUCAGCUCAACUAGGUGCCGAAGCUUGGACUCAUCAUGAAACUCGACAAAUUGAAACUGAACUCAAUGCUGCAAGACUACAUAAAAUGAAAACGCAGCACGAUCAUGCUCUUGAGGAUGCCGUACGACGAACACAGAGCGCUUUGAAUCGAUACAAUCAAUCUUUGCGUAUUUCCAGAAACGAGGGAGAAAACCAGGCACUGAAGAUAUAUGAAAAAUGCCUUGCAGAUGGCGCUCGUGAAAUGACUAGGAGAGAUUGUACAAUUGAGGCCUGGCAGCACGAAAAAUUAGAGGCGGACGCUGAACGUGAACGAGGGUGCUGGCUCUCUUUGGGCGCACAGCAUGCCGUGUCUAUGCGUGCGAUGCAAGUUGUGGAACGCGCUCGCCAAGCGCGAGAGCUCGUGCGACUGCAACACGCUUUGCGCAAGGCGUUUGCGGAACACCGCCAAGCGGACUUAAAUUGCCAAGCUCACGAAUCCAUCUCCCUUACUAACAUGAUGCAUAUGGCGGAACUUUCUAUUGUCCGUUUGCGAGAACAAUUUCGCGAAAUAGGACGACAAAGGAAGCUUCUUCAUGCGGAAGAGCUGCUUUGUUUUCAAAUAGAAAUAAGGAGGCUACUGGGCGACAAGGAAAAUAGCCUAGAGCGGCGGGCUCUUCUAAUUGCAAUUGCAAAUGCUCGAGCGGAGGUCAUCGUGGCGGCCGCGAUUGAGAAUAACGCCCACCAUAACUUCAUUGACAACUGCAAUACUCUCGUCAAAUCAUCCGAAACACGCGUGGCAGCAGCCUACGCACAGCUCGCCUUGCUUGAGAACUCUAGGCGCAUCGCUCGAAAGCGCGAGCAAAGGCAGCGAAUAGAAAGUAUAUCAGCAUCCGUUCGUUCACACCGAGGAUAUGGGCUACACUCAGCAAGAGCACUAUCCCAUACUGAACCAGUCGAUUGCAACAGACAUCAUGUUUCUCCAUCAGAUGAGAUGGUAAGAUUGCGGCAUGAUCCACUGCCUUUGUCCGGCCGGGUGGCAUCAACUUUUUCACGUGUAGAGAUACAACAAAGGCAGAGCAAUGCCAUCUCGCGCAUCGAAUCUACAGCCAAUGCUCGAUUGCAUGUCCAUCGUCGUGGUUGCUACGCUAUUGCUGAACUGCACCAUCAGCUUCUAAACGAACGAGCAUCACGCAGGCGAAUUCAAAACGCAGCCCUUAAUGCUGGCAUUCAAGCUACGGAGGCUGCAAAGCAGUUGGCAAAAACAGCGCAAGCGAGCGCGACUAGCGAGAGAUUAUUGCGAGACGUAGCCGAGACAAAAUUUCGAGAUGGACUCACAUCAUGCAAGUGCAAAAUUGAAUUGCAUGAGGCACUUUCUGAAGCUUUAAGGCAUAGCCUCGGUGUUGAGGAGGCACGGCGGAGAGUACGAGACCUCGCAAUUUUGAAAAUGACAAAAUUACUUGCCGAGCUGCGUGCACGCUCCCGCGACGAAAUAUAUUAUGAGCGAGCACACUCGGCCCGCCUGGAGCUUUGGGUUCAUACUAUGCUCGCAAGCUUUUCUCGUGCAAGAACAGCGCUAGUCCACCGCGAAGCUUUACUAGACCAGCAGAAGACACUCGACAUGCAAGCUCAGCGAGCAUUGCGCCUCGAUGUCUGGCGACAAACAACAGCCGCACAUACGCUUGGAAUCGACGUUUCGUCCCUUUUUCUAUUUUUUGCCCAGCGACUUGCCACAAUGUCUGGCGCGCACCGAACCUUUAAUAAUGCAUUGCGUGCCAAUGGAGCAGCACUUGUCCUAGCUGCGAUGUGCCGCUCUCCACGACGCGAGCUCCGUCGUCUCGCCGCAAAGGCCCUUGCUUCAUUGGCGUGGAAUGGGCAUGCUGACUGUCGUUCGUUUGGGGCUGACAUCCGCGAGCAGUGGCGGCUUUGGGUUGAUGUGGCUGUGUCUCGUGCAAAAGCAUGUAUCCAACUCGCGCAGUCUGGCAGAGAGCUAGAGGCAGUUGUUACAAACACACAUUCCGCAGCAACCUCACAUGGUGACCCGCUGGUAGGAAGAGUGGAUGAUGUCGUUUCUCAUGCGGAGAAUCCCCGUGAUGUUGCCGUAGCCCGCAGGCAAUGGGCAUUGCGCCGCAGAAGGACAUCUGAAGGACCAAAUUACGCAAAUAUCCAACAUCUAGUAAGAACCAGCGCAGCUUGGCUCUUGAUGCCCGAUGAAUCUCCGAUCGGGGAAAAACCCUCGAAAACAGUGUCGCCAAUAAUCAAAACUCUCUUGGUGUUUUCUCAUGAUCGCGAUUAUGAUUGCGUGCUUGCAGCCGCGUGCGGCCUUGCGGGAGUGUCAUUUGAUGCAAAAAACGCCGGCGUGCUUGGACAAGUCGAUGGGUUGAUAAUUACUCUCGUCGGCCUUGUCCGCCACGCAAAUCCAGAAGUAGUUGCUCUAGCCUGUGAUGCAUGCAAUCCAGAGCAGCAGCAAAUUUGGCGUUUCAACAACAACGCAACCAGGAGGCGUUCGGUGCCGCAGGAUUGGUUCAGGAUCUUGUGGAAAUCUUACGCUCGUCAAGUAUGUUUCUACCAGGAGAUUCUCGUGCAUCUAACAGCAAACGCAGCAAAUGCUCUUGCAAAUACAUUUGCGCUGGUAGGCACAAAUCAUAUAGAGAUUGUGCAUGGCGUAGAGAACGCAACAUUAUCAGCAUCACCACAUCACACGUGUCUGCAUGUUUUGCUGCCUCGGUCAUUUGCUCGCCGCCUUGUGAUGUUGUGUGCAGCACCUCUCUCUACAGCAAGGCGUGCAGCCUCUCUCUUGCUAGGAAACUUGGCUUGUAACUCACAUUUACGGAAUGAGCUUGGUCAUCUUGGAGCGGUUGAAGCCCUGUGGUCUGUCUCGAGUGAGCAUCAAAACAGUGCAGAACGAGCAACUGCACUUUGGGCACUCUCCAAUCUCGUAUGGUGCAAUAGUGCAAAUCAAGACCGUUGCGGACAAUUUCUUCUUGGCCUCCUGACGAAUUGCGCAAUUAGUUGUCAAACAAUAAGCACAAGAUUGGGCCAAAAUGCUUGCUCAUUACUAGAAUGUGCAUUUGCUGUAUGUCUUGUUGCAAAUGCGGUCUAUUUUCACGACUCGAAUAGGAUCUUGGUUGAAACCGCUACAGGGGCAUUGAAAAAUCUGGUGUCUCUAUCAGGGGCCGAUAAGCCACUAGCAGUACGCGAACCUGCACUUAGAUGCUUAUCCAGCCUCACGGCGACUGAUCGUGGUGCAAAGCGCGUUGCCUUCGCUGGUGAUAAAGCCAGCGCAUGCGCGAGUCUCGUAAAUGCUGCUGGCGACAGCAGCCUGGGAAGUGAGAGUGCGAGGAUACGCCGGCUUGGCGCCGCCGCGCUUGUGAACAUGUGCUCGCUAGUGGAUUCGCAUGAGCACGUGUAUUUGGCUGGUGGCGUUGACGCACUUGUGGCGCUUGCUGGUGCUAAUGAUGCAUACGCACGCCAUGAGGCCCAAAUGGCCCUGGCUGCUCUCGAGGAAAAUAUGACAUCUGAAAAAGAGUCCACCAUGACCCUUCCGCAUGCCAAGGAGAAGCAUUGGCCCCCAAGCGUGCCGGGUUUAGGGAGUAAAGCCGCCUGAGUAGGAGUAAAGGGCCUAUGCCCGAGGGAGUAUCGCCCGCGCGCAAUUUGAUGUUAAGCUUGUAGCCAUCGUCAU